GCGAGUCUGGAUUGGAAAACCACUUAGCGCAUACGUUUCAUUAACGUCGCUUGUAUUUACAUUUAUAGGCAGUUGAAUUUGUGAGAGUGCUUUCGCUCAUUAAAAUGACUGCGCUGUCGCUGCUUUUGAUAGCCGUGUCCGCCGUAUCUGUGCUAGCCGAGUCCACUGUAUAUUUUCGAGAGCAAUUUGAGGAUGCGGACGCCUGGAAAAACCGCUGGGUGGAAUCCAAACACAAGUCUGACUAUGGCCAGUUUGUCUUGACCGCAGGGAAGUUCUAUGGUGAUGCAGAGAAAGACAAAGGACUUCAGACCAGCCAAGAUGCUCGCUUCUACUCCUUAUCGAUCCGCUUUGAUGACUUCAGCAACCAGGGCCAGCCUCUGGUCAUCCAGUUCACUGUCAAACACGAGCAGAGUAUCGACUGUGGUGGAGGCUACAUCAAACUGUUCCCCUCUGGCCUCAACCAGGAAGACAUGCACGGAGACUCCAACUACAACAUCAUGUUUGGUCCUGACAUUUGUGGCCCUGGCACCAAGAAGGUUCAUGUUAUCUUCAGUUACAAAGGCAAAAACCACCUGAUUAACAAGGACAUCAGAUGUAAGGAUGAUGAGUACACUCACCUGUACACGCUGAUUGUCACUCCCGACAACACUUACGAAGUAAAGAUAGACAAUAAGAAGGUUGAGUCUGGCAGUUUGGAGGACGACUGGGACUUCCUGCCGCCCAAGAAGAUCAAGGAUCCCGAGGCCAAGAAGCCCGAGGACUGGGACGAGCGCGAGAAGAUCCCUGACCCUGACGAUAAGAAACCAGAGGACUGGGACAAGCCUGAGAAUAUCCCGGACCCCGACGCCAAGAAGCCUGAUGACUGGGACGAUGAGAUGGAUGGUGAAUGGGAGCCCCCCAUGAUAACCAACCCUGAAUACAAGGGUGAAUGGAAGCCCAGAGAUAUUGACAACCCUGCCUACAAGGGCAAGUGGGUCCACCCUGAGAUCGACAACCCAGAGUACACAGCCGACCCUGAGAUCUACAAAUACGACAGCAUUGGUGUGAUCGGGCUUGACCUGUGGCAGGUUAAAUCGGGUACGAUCUUUGACAAUUUCCUGAUCACCAAUGACCCAAAUCGUGCUGAGGAAGUAGGCAAUGAGACAUGGGGUAAAACCAAGGACCCGGAAAAGAAAAUGAAGGAGAGCCAGGAGGAGGAGGAGAGAAACAAGCGCGAGGAGGAGAAGCAGAGGAAAGAGGAGACCAAGGAGGAGGAUGAAGAGGAAAAGGAGGAGGAGCCAGAGGAGGAGCCAGAGGAGGAGGAGGAAGAAGAUGAAGAGGGCACAGACUCUAAACUCAAGGAUGAGUUAUAAACUCCUAACAGUGGAAGACGACAUGAAAUGUAUUGGUGAGCCAUUGGAACAAGGCUGGAGACUGAGCUCAAAAAACUUGGCUGGACAUUUCCCUCAUGGCUGUCAACCUGGUGGGUGAGGGAGGAGGGGACCUUUUUAUUUUGUUUACAUGACAAGGGAAUAAUUGAGAUGAACCUUUUUUUUUCGAGGGGGGGCGUCACUGAUUUUGUAUUUCCAUGUACUUUGUUAUCAUUAUUAAACAAAGAGUUUGUAAUAUUAAUGUUAAGAAUGAAGAUUGUCACGACAGAAAACUAUUGAACUUUUCCCGUACAGCUGUUUUGCCAUUGUACUGAAACAGCAAAUGUAAAUUGUCAUUCAUAUACUGCACAAAACUGAGUCUUUAUGAAGUAUGUUGUGGUCGUUGUUUCGUGUGGGACCCUCACCAUGAAAAUGUUCAGAUGUUUACCUCAUCAUGGUCUUUUGUUUGUUUUGUCUUAUGUCAUAUUUUGUUUUGCUCUGUUACCUCAUGUAACUGUGUUUUAAGAUACUCCAAGUUGAAUCAGUUCAUUUGGACACGUGGCCCAGUGGUUAGCACUGUUGCCUCACAGCAAGAAGGUCCUGGGUUCGAACCCCAGGCCAUUCCAGGUCCUUUCCGUGUGGAGUUUGCAUGUUCUCCCCGUGUCUGAGUGGGUUUUUCUCCGGGUGCUCUGGUUUCCUCCCACCUUCAAAAAGACAUGCAUGUUAGGGUUAAUACUCCUGUCUGUGCCCCUGAGCAAGGCAAUGGAAAGAAGAACUGGAGUUGGUCCCCGGGUGCUGCAGCUGCUCACUGCUCCUAUGCAAUAGGAUGGGUUAAAUGCAGAGAACAAAUUUCAUUGUAAGAAUACAGUUCGUUGUAAGGUACAAUGACAAAAUAAAGUGGCUUUCUUUCUUAAAUGUUGUGUCCAGAUGAACUGAUUCAACUUUCUGGAAUUUACUUAUUUGGAUUGAGCACGCAUCAAGACAUUUAAGAUACUCAACUACUGCAACAAUAUUCAAAUGUCAGGAUUGUAUAGUUGGAUUUUAAUAUACCGUCCAUGUCAUCCAAUCCUCUCAUACACAGGUGUCUCUGGGACAGGGCUGC